UUUACAAAUACCGCAAAAGUAAAAAAUAAUGCAAGAAACGAGUGUUGACUGUACCAAUUUGGCUGAUUUUGUCAAAGCCAAGUCAGAGUUAAGGAAUCUAUUUCAAGAUCUAGGCAAACAUGCAGACAAUAUUACUGGAAUGCUGCAAGAGAACUUUAAGUUCUAUGAUUCCGAUAAGAAGGAGCAAAUUCUAGAUCAUUUGAAGAGUUAUUCCCGUAGAAUUGAGAGCAUUGCUUCUGUGUUGGCGAGAAAAUGCUUGAAAGUUGUUUUCUUUGGACGGACUUCGAAUGGCAAAUCUGCUGUGAUUAAUGCCAUGUUGCAGCAAAGGAUAUUGCCAAGUGCCAUGGGUCAUACAACGAGUUGUUUCUGCCGAGUGGCUGCCACAGAGGAGUCGAUGUCAUAUGUUUGCCUUGAUGGUAACUCCGAAAGAUGGGAAAUUCAAUGUCUGAACCAAUUUGCCAAUGCCCAUUCUAAGCAAUGCCUUGAUGCACGAGCUUUACUUCAUGUUAACUUACCUAAAACGGGGAAUUGUGGCUACCUUUUGCAGAAUGAUGUGGUGCUAAUUGAUACUCCGGGUGUGGAUGUUACGGCUCAAUUGGAUGAUUGUAUUGAUCGAUAUUGCUUAGAUGCCGAUGUUUUUGUCCUGGUGCUAAAUGCCGAGUCGACGCUGUCUAGAGUGGAGCAGCAGUUCUUCACGGAUGUGGGCCAGAAACUAUCGAAGCCAAAUCUCUUUAUACUAAAUAAUCGCUGGGAUGUUGCCUCUAGUCAAGAGCCAGAAAUUGAACAGUUGGUCAGAGAGCAGCAUACAGAACGUUGCCUUGAAUUGCUGGGCGUGGGAAUAGGAGGCGAGGGACGAGGUGUGGGUGAGGCUAUGCAACGCAUUUUUUAUGUCUCCGCUUUGGAAGCAUUGCAAAUUCGUUUGGGUGUUAAAAAGAGCUUGUCACAAGACACUGAGCUCCGUUUCGAGGAGUUUCAGCAGUUUGAAAAAGAGUUUGCUAAUUGCAUAACAGCAAAAUCCGCCAUGAGAACAAAGUUCGCAAACCAUUGCCUAAGCGCCCAAGAGAUGCUCGAGGAACUGGAUAUUAUUUUAAUGAAUCUGCAGUCGGACCUAACUGAAUUAACUAUGGAAAGUUUCCUAAGGAAAACCCUUUUGGCAGCCAGUUUAAAGUGCCGGGAAUUGCAAAUCAUGCAACGGCAGCAAGAACUCAACUCGAAAGUGGAACAGCUAACCGAAGCGGCGCAACAACUUGGUGUACAGGUGCUAAACGAGCAGAUCUCUCGGCUAACCACUUGGGUGCAAGACUUUCGCAUGCCAUUCCCAAACUCAAGCCAACACCACCACCACCAACAGCACCACCAAGAUAUGCGCCAGCUGAGGCAUUACCAAAGCUCACUUGGUAACCAUUUGGAGCAAAUGAUGAUGAGCCAAGUACUAGAGCAACUUUCGGCUCGACUGCAACGGAAAGUGAGCCAGCUGGAAAGUGAAAUGUUGGUAGAAGCACAAGUUUCUUCUUCUCCUCCACCACCAUUCCAGGUGAACUACUUUGUGGAUUUUCAAGGGCUGUCAUCCGAUUUUCAGCCUGAUCUUGAGUUUCGCUUCUCGUGGGGCAUUUCUGCCAUUUGGCAGCGUAUUCAAGGUAAAAUCCUUAUGCCUCCGCCAAUGACCCAGGCAACCACCAAUGGCCUGAAAAGGCAGGUUUUGUUAAUAUCUGAUAAUGCAUCAAUGGGGGCCACUCUUGUAUUUGGCAGCAUACUAUAUUAUACUCUUGGCUGGCGAUCUAUCCUUGGCCUGGGCACUGUUGUCUCCUCAAUUUAUUUCUAUGAGAAUCUCAGCUGGUCAAGAUUGGCACAAGAGUGCAGUUUUAAAUCUCAGUAUGUGAGAUUUUUACAAAAACGUCUGCGCGGAAGGGUCCAGCAAACGGCCAGUUCGAUUGGCCAACAGAUGCAACAACAUCUUAAGAAGUCUUUGGGAGUUUACUUCACCGAAUUGGCACAGAAUGGCAAAACUAUCAAAGACGAACUGGAGACAACGGAAAAGCAAUGGAAAAAGUUGCAGAAAAAUGAUUGUACAUUAAAACUUCAUCAAACGCAGGGCACACAACUAGCGGAGCGUCUAAGGAUAUUUCAAGAAACAUAUCUAAUGGGCCACAUUUGAGAAUUUGAACAUAUUUUAUAUUUGGUUAAGUUUUCCUACGCUUUUGUUAACUUUUGUUGUUUGCUUAAAACUUAAAUUACUUGAUUAGAUUGUAGAUUUUCUGUACAAGAAUUAAAUUGAGUAUAA